UAUUAAAUAUCAAAUAGAUGCGCAUUUAAUUUUUGAUACGUUGACAUAAAAUAUUUCAUAGUUGAAGAAAAUACGGAAAUGUUUUUUAAAUUAAAUUUAAUAAAAUAUUUUUUACCAUUAUUAGCAUGUACGUGUCUUACAGGUGUUAGUGCGGUGACAAUGCAACAGUUCGAAACAUCAUUGGAAAUGAUGCGCAAUGGUUGCGCACCGAAGUUCAAAAUUCCAGUUGAACUACUGGAUCGUUUAAGAGGUGGUGACUUUGUUGAAAAUAAUGCAGAGUUGAAGUGUUACACCAAAUGCGUCGCACAACUAGCAGGAACGGUUACGAAAAAGGGUGAUUUCAGCGUGCAAAAAGCGUUGGCUCAGAUUCCAAUAAUAUUGCCGCCCGAGAUACAAGAUACCGCCAAGGCAGCAUUGAACGCUUGCAAGGAUGUGCAAAAAAGCUACAAGGACUCAUGCGAACGUGUUUUCUACACAACGAAAUGUGUGCGUGACUACGACCCAGACACUUUCAAGUUUCCAUAAUUCUAUAAGUAUGUUUUCUGUAUGCAUCAAUAUGUAUGUAAUAAAUAUACUACAAUCAUUUUUAAGCUCAACA